UAAUCACCUGUUUGGUCGAUUUACGGCAGAGCGUGGAGGUCAGAGAAGCAUGAUGAAAAGGCGAACCCAACCAUCCAUUACAAAAAGCUGAUCAGUUCAAUACCUGACUACUUACAGUAAGACAGUGUACAAACCUAUUGAAACGUAAACAUAUUACUGCGUUGUAGAUACCAGGAAAUAUCGCUAUAUAGCUUUUCCAACGAGAACUGUUGGUCCCUCGGCUUGCAUCAUACCGUUUGGUCUGCUAGGCUAGCUAGCUCACCCAACCAGCAUCUCCAGUCCGAAGCAUUUGCCGGGUGUGUCUUCAGAUCUUCCCCAGAUAUGGACAACAAUGCCCCCGGAUCGGGAGGGAAAGGUGGCUUCGGGAGUCUCUUUGGCGGAAGCGAAUACUCCAACACAGAACUCGCCGGUGUCCCAUUGACCGGAAUGAGCCCCCUGUCACCUUAUCUCAAUGUCGACCCCCGCUACCUCGUACAGGACACAGAUGAGUUCAUUCUGCCCACUGGGGCCAGCAAAACCAGGGGGAGGUUUGAACUGGCCUUUUUCACCAUUGGGGGCUGCUGCAUCACAGGAGCUGCGUUUGGGACAGUGAAUGGUCUGAGGAUGGGGUUGAAGGAUACAAGAGAAAUGGGCUGGACUAAACCUCGCAACGUCCAGAUUCUCAACAUGGUGACCAGACAAGGUGCAUCGUGGGCCAACACACUGGGCUCUGUUGCAUUGUUGUACAGUGUAUUUGGCGUUGCCAUAGAGAAGGCUAGAGGAGCAGAGGAUGAUAUCAACACUGUGGCUGCUGGGACACUCACAGGCAUGCUCUUCAAAUCCACAGGAGGGCUGAAGGGAGUGGCGCGUGGUGGUCUGGUGGGGUUAGCCUUGUCUGGGGCCUAUGCUCUCUACAGCAACUGGGACCAUAUCAGAGGCGGCUCCUCUUCAAGUCUCUACUGAACACGUCUGUUUGGUUUCAUCCAAAAUGGCACCCUCUUCCCUCCCUCCAGAUCCUCAGGGAAUAGGGUGCCAGUAGUCAAACCCCUCCCACAAAUAUCAACAGCCUGUUCACUUCCCAAUGUAUUUGUAUUUAAGGGCGGCAGCGUAGCCUAGUGGUUAGAGCGUUGGACUAGUAACCGGAAGGUUGCGAGUUCAAACCCCCGAGCUGACAAGGUACAAAUCUGUCGUUCUGCCCCUGAACAGGCAGUUGACCCACUGUUCCCAGGCCGUCAUUGAAAAUAAGAAUUUGUUCUUAACUGACUUGCCUGGUUAAAUAAAGGUUAAAAAAAAGGGGAUAUUGGAGGAAGGACUGAGAUGUCGGUAAACCAUGGACAAAAUGACCUCCGAUAAACACCCCUCUGUCUACACACACCCUGCUGUCCCACCCACCUGGUGACAGCCCAGUCCCUUUGGGGUACCCCCCCCAUAGAUCUGUGUUAUUGUAUUGGGAACUGUUUUUAGUAAUGUAUCUUUUGUUAUAUUAUUGAAUGCUGCGUCUAGUAGCCGGGAAGAGAGACGUGUUAAGAGUAUUUACUAAGCAGAGGGAGACUGGGGCCCUGUUGUAAUACUUUUUACAUGCCUCCUCCCUCCCUGUGAAGUAGUCACUGAUCUGACAUGACUGGAGUGAUGGAAACAGUGGAAAUCUGUUUACACCUAUCCAGUCACGCUCUCCCGAGUGGUGCAGCAGUCUAAGGUACUGCAUCUCAGCGCAAGAGGCGUCACUACAGUCCCUGGUUUGAAUCUAGGCUGUAUCACAUCCGGCCGUGAUUGGGAGUCCCAUAGGGCGGUGCACAAUUGGCCCAACGUCAUCCAGGAUUGGCCCGGGGUAGGCCAUUUGUAAAUAAGAAUUUGUUCUUAACGGACUUACCUAGUUAAAUAAAGGAUAAAUGUAAAACAUAAAAUGUCCGAUCAGUGAUUACUUGGAGGAGGGGCGAAGGAAUGAUGGAUAUAUUUGAAGACAUCUGCUGGUGUUACCGACUGGGUAUUUAAAGGGCAACUCCUCCACUUUUCAAGCUAAUUUCCAUUUUCUCCAACACAAUACGUGUCAACGUUUUGUGAAAAUGGCGCAUUUCUACGUUUUGUAGAAAAUAAAUGUGAAGUUUAAAAAGUUCUACCUGAUAACAUCAAAAGUGAUUUUCAAACACAGAUUUGCAGUGACGUGGGGAGCAGGAACAUAGCCUGCCUUGGGCUAGAAACCUGUAGGUUUUAAUCUUACCCUGUGAUGUCCUCUUUUAUUUUUUUUAGGACAUUCUUUGAAACCACAGAUCCUAGAAACACUGUUUUCACAUAUGUAGACAUUGUUUUGAUGAUGGAUAGGAGGUUGAAAAGCGGUGGAAUUGCCCUUUAAGAUGUAAUGACUAUUAGCUCCCUAUUGUAAAGCUUGGUGGUUAGUACAGAGAGCUAAAGCAAUUCUUCUCAGGCAAGGUUAAAUGGUUCAUUGAACCACCUCUGCCACACUGGUCUUAGACCUGAUCAGAAAGCUGCUGGAAACCAUGAAUGUAGUCCUGUCUCUUGAUGUUGGUUGUCGUCCUUCAGAUACAAACCACAAGACUCUUCUCUUCAAACUAAAGAGCAAUGAGAAACUUUCCCAACACACACCCUGCCAAGGCCUUACAAUCAGUACUGUUCUAAUGCACCUAUUCAUAGUGAGUACUGUUUUCCUGUUAGUUGUGGUUGAUGCUGGCCUGUUUAAUAAGUUGCCUCCAAACAGUACUGGAAGUGUGUAUUAUCUGUGUUGACUUGCCUGUUAAUCCCACUGUAAGAACAAUACAACAAACAUUGGAAAUGCGAA